CUCACUGGGGAGAGAGCUGGCCUUGGGGAGCACUGUGGUCUCGGGUGCGGGUGCCCUGCUGUCUGGCCCCACCUCUCGAAGGCUGGGACUGGGGACCAGCGACCCUCCCCUGCCUACUCCACCCUGGGGACAGCCCCCUGGGCCAGCAGAGCAGGGGCUGCCAGAUGGACUCUGGGCCACUGUGGGCCUCAGGCCCUGUGGUCUGAGGCUCUCAGAACCCCUCCCUCCCGGUUGGCCUGACCCCAUCCCCUACUCCUCCAGCUUCUGAGGAGCCGACUCCAUUAGGUGGGGGUGUCCCUGCUGUGGGGUGAGCUGUUCGGGGAGCAGCAGACCCCCAGGCCGACGUGGCACCCCCCUCACCUCCGCUGCCGAGCCUCACUUCCGCUGCUGGGUGAGGAGCAGCCGCCACUGAUAAGCAGAGCUGUUUCCUCUGGGGAAGGGAGGGAGGUGGGGUGCGGGUGCGGAGGGCUCGCGCUGCUGGGCGCCCAUGGACCUCAGCCACGGCGGGCCCAGGGACGGACCUCCAGGAGGCCUGCUGGGGGAACAGAUCCAGCCUCCAUCCCACCACUUCUCCCCCGAGCAGCGGGCCCUGCUCUACGAGGACGCACUCUACACUGUCUUGCACCGCCUGGGUCAGCCUGAGCCCAACCAUGUGACGGAGGCCUCUGAGCUGCUGCGAUACCUGCAGGAGGCCUUCCACGUGGAACCCGAGGAGCACCAGCAGACACUGCAGCGGGUCAGGGAGCUUGAGAAGCCAAUAUUUUGUCUGAAGGCAACAGUGAAACAGGCCAAGGGCAUUCUGGGCAAAGAUGUCAGUGGGUUCAGCGACCCCUACUGCCUGCUGGGCAUUGAGCAGGGGGUAGGUGUGCCAGGGGGCAGCCCCGGGUCCCGGCAGCGGCAGAAGGCUGUGGUGAGGCACACCAUCCCCGAGGAGGAGACCCACCGCACGCAGGUCAUCACCCAGACACUCAACCCCGUCUGGGACGAGACCUUCAUCCUGGAGUUUGAGGACAUCACCAAUGCGAGCUUUCAUCUGGACAUGUGGGACCUGGACACUGUGGAGUCUGUCCGACAGAAGCUUGGGGAGCUCACGGAUCUGCAUGGGCUUCGCAGGAUCUUUAAAGAGGCCCGGAAGGACAAAGGCCAGGACGACUUUCUGGGGAACGUGGUUCUGAGGCUGCAGGACCUGCGCUGCCGAGAGGACCAGUGGUACCCCCUGGAACCCCGCACUGAGACCUACCCAGACCGAGGCCAGUGCCACCUCCAGUUCCAACUCAUCCAUAAGCGGAGAGCCACUUCGGCCAGCCGCUCGCAGCCCAGCUACACCGUGCACCUCCACCUCCUGCAGCAGCUUGUGUCCCACGAGGUCACCCAGCACGAGGCGGGAAGCACCUCCUGGGACGGGUCACUGAGUCCCCAGGCUGCCACCGUCCUCUUUCUGCACGCCACACAGAAGGACCUGUCUGACUUCCACCAGUCCAUGGCGCAGUGGCUGGCCUAUAGCCGCCUCUACCAGAGCCUGGAGUUCCCCAGCAGCUGCCUCCUGCACCCCAUCACCAGCAUCGAGUACCAGUGGAUCCAGGGUCGGCUCAAGGCAGAACAGCAGGAGGAGCUGGCCGCCUCAUUCAGCUCCCUGCUGACCUACGGCCUCUCCCUCAUCCGGAGGUUCCGCUCUGUCUUCCCCCUCUCUGUCUCAGACUCCCCAGCCCGGCUGCAGUCUCUUCUCAGGGUCCUGGUACAGAUGUGCAAGAUGAAGGCCUUCGGAGAACUGUGCCCCAACACCGCCCCAUUGCCCCAGCUGGUGACAGAGGCCCUGCAGACUGGCACCACUGAAUGGUUCCACCUGAAGCAGCAGCACCAUCAACCCAUGGUGCAGGGCAUCCCGGAGGCAGGCAAGGCCUUGCUGGGCCUGGUACAGGAUGUCAUUGGCGACCUGCACCAGUGCCAGCGCACAUGGGACAAGAUCUUCCACAAUACCCUCAAGAUCCACCUCUUCUCCAUGGCUUUCCGGGAGCUGCAGUGGCUGGUGGCCAAGCGGGUGCAGGACCACACGACGGCUGUGGGUGAUGCAGUGUCCCCAGAGAUGGGCGAGAGUCUGUUCCAGCUCUACAUCAGCCUCAAGGAGCUCUGCCAGCUGCGCAUGAGCUCCUCAGAGAGGGAUGGAGUCCUGGCCCUGGAUAAUUUCCACCGCUGGUUCCAGCCGGCCAUCCCCUCCUGGCUGCAGAAGACGUACAACGAGGCCCUGGCGCGGGUGCAGCGCGCUGUGCAGAUGGAUGAGCUGGUGCCCCUGGGUGAACUGACCAAGCACAGCACAUCAGCGGUGGAUCUAUCCACCUGCUUUGCCCAGAUCAGCCACACUGCCCGGCAGCUGGACUGGCCAGACCCAGAGGAGGCCUUCAUGAUUACCGUCAAGUUUGUGGAGGACACCUGUCGCCUGGCCCUGGUGUACUGCAGCCUUAUAAAGGCCCGGGCCCGCGAGCUCUCUUCAGGCCAGAAGGACCAAGGCCAGGCAGCCAACAUGCUGUGUGUGGUGGUGAAUGACAUGGAGCAGCUGCGGCUGGUGAUCGGCAAGUUGCCCGCCCAGCUGGCAUGGGAGGCCCUGGAGCAGCGGGUAGGGGCCGUGCUGGAGCAGGGGCAGCUGCAGAACACGCUGCAUGCCCAGCUGCAGAGCGCGCUGGCUGGGCUGGGCCAUGAGAUCCGCACUGGCGUCCGCACCCUGGCCGAGCAGUUGGAAGUGGGCAUCGCCAAGCACAUCCAGAAACUGGUGGGCGUCAGGGAGUCCGUCCUGCCUGAGGAUGCCAUUCUACCCCUGAUGAAGUUCCUGGAGGUGGAGCUUUGCUACAUGAACACCAACUUGGUGCAGGAGAACUUCAGCAGCCUCCUGACCCUGCUCUGGACCCACACGCUCACAGUGCUGGUGGAGGCGGCCGCCGCCCAGCGCAGCUCAUACCUGGCUUCCAACAGGCUGAAGAUUGCCCUGCAGAACCUGGAGAUCUGCUUCCACGCUGAGGGCUGUGGCCUGCCGCCCGAGGCCCUGCACACUGCCGCCUUCCAGGCUCUGCAGAGGGACCUGGAGCUGCAGGCGGCCUCCAGCCGGGAACUCAUCCGGAAGUACUUCUGCAGCCGAAUCCAGCAGCAGGCAGAAACCACCUCUGAGGAGCUGGGGGCUGUGACAGUCAAGGCCUCCUACCGCGCCUCUGAGCAGAAGCUGCGUGUGGAGCUGCUCAGCGCCUCCAGCCUGCUGCCCCUGGACUCCAACGGCUCCAGCGACCCCUUUGUUCAGCUGACCUUGGAGCCCAGGCAUGAGUUCCCUGAGCUGGCGGCCCGGGAGACCCAGAAGCACAAGAAGGACCUUCACCCAUUGUUUGAUGAGACCUUUGAAUUCCUGGUGCCUGCUGAGCCGUGCCGUAAGGCUGGGGCAUGCCUCCUGCUCACCGUGCUGGACUACGACACGCUGGGGGCCGACGACCUGGAAGGCGAGGCCUUCCUGCCGCUGCGUGAGGUGCCCGGGCUGAGUGGCUCUGAGGAGCCUGGUGAGGUGCCUCAGACCCGCCUGCCCCUCACGUACCCCGCACCCAACGGGGACCCAAUCCUGCAGCUGCUGGAGGGCCGGAAGGGUGACCGAGAGGCCCAGGUCUUUGUGAGGCUGCGGCGGCACCGGGCCAAGCAGGCCUCCCAGCAUGCCUUGCGGCCUGCACCGUAGCCGUAGAGGUUUGCGGUGGGGCUGGGUCCCCGGUGGGGACUUGCAAGGGCUUUCCUGUAGGGUCUGGGGCUUCCCCGCCACAUCGCGGCCCUCCAGCCUGGCUAACACUUGGGGAGCCCCAGCAUGCGGAGUGCCCAGAGUGCAGACCUCCCCUGCCUUCCAUGGUGAUGGGGGCUCAGCAGCGACAUCUCUACUCCCGCCUCCCUGCCUCCAGCCCUGGCUGCAAUGUCUCUACCACAUCCCAGCACCAGGGGGAGCAAACCCUGCCCCUGCCCGCCUCUCAGAAAAGCUGCUGUGGUGGGCAGGGGAUUGGGCCAUCUGCCUCCUGGCCUUCCUGUUCCAGCCACUGGGGUGGGGGCCAGGUUCACUGGGACCAGGGCUACAGGCACAGAGUCUCCUGGGAAAGGGAGAGGGUACCCUGCCAAAGAUGAGGCUCCAGCUGCCCUGGGGGGAGGGUGGUGGCCAUUACUAGAGGGAGCCUGGGUCCUCUCCCCAGGGGCUGCCAGCAUCCAGGCCAGGGAGCCUGGUUCCUCUCCCCAGGGGCUGCCAGCAUCCAGGCCAGGAAGCCUGGAGCCAAGAACCUUCUGGCUCUGAGGGAGCAAGAGCUGGCAGGCGGCGGGGCUGGCACAGACAGACGGAAGCAGAAAGGACAGUUUGGCCGCUGUGUCUGCUGCGCAUGCUCCCUCCCCGGACAGCACCUGCCACCUAGAAACUUUCUUAGCAAAAAAAUUAAUAAAAACAAAUCUAUUGUCCUCUUAAAAUAUGCCUUUGGCCUACAGUGGGGCCCGGAAUGCGAGCCAGGCCGGGUAGCUUCCUCCCCAGCCCUCAGGGGACUUUGAGCUACCGCCACCUUGGGGUAGCUACAAAGCAGGGGGGUAGGUGUGGAAAUAACUGAGGCAGAGGCAGGGCUAGGGUGAUUUUUGGCCGUGGGCUUUGAAUAAAUUGCUUUACCAGGCAUACCAGUUCCUGUGGUGACACCCAGGACAGGGACCGGUUCCUCGGGGGAGCACAGUGAGCAGGGGCCUCCCAGGGGUGUAGGUUGAGGCUGAGAGGCUGCUCUUGAGACAGUAGGGCGUAGAGGAGCUGGGUCCCUACCCUGCCUGGGGGGUGUCAGAACCUGAGGCCUGGUCAUCACAUCAUCCUAGCUGUGUGACCCUGGUUUCAUGUCAGAACCUCUGAAUCUGCACAAAAUGAGGACAGGAGUCUAGGUUAGCUGAGAUGACAUCCAAGGCCCGAGACCAUGCAAAGAGGAUCCCACCAGGGUGUUUUCUCACCCCCACGGCACAGCCUAGUUGAGGAGGUGGGAGGGAGGACGUACCUCUUAGGCCUCAGCCCCUCAUCCCUCAGGGGCAGGGUGGGGUGAAGAAGGCAGAAGGCAGGACUUCCUCUGGGUCCUACCAGCAAAUCAUCCCAAUGGGAAGGCACUGGGUUUUUUGUUUUUGUGAUGGAGUCUCACUCUGUCGCCCAGGCUGGAGUGCAAUGGGGCAAUCUCAGCUCACUGCAACCUCUGCGUCCCGGGUUCAAAGGAUCCUCCUGCCUCAGCCUCCUGAGUAGCUGGAACUACAGGCAUGUGCCACCACACCUGGCUAAUUUUUGUAUUUUUUUUUUUUUUAGUAGAGACGGGGUUUCACCAUUUUGGCCAGGCUGGUCUCGAACUCCUGACCUCAAGUGAUCUGCCCGCCUCGGCCUGUUUUUGUUUUUGAGAUGGGAUCUCACUCUGUCACCCAAGCUGGAGGCAGCUGUGCAAUCAUGGCUCACUGCAGCCUCGACCUCCUGGGCUCAAGUGAUCCUCCCACCUCAGCCUCCCUAGUAGCUGGGACCACAGGCAUGCGCCACCAUGCCCAGUUGGGAAGACACUUUUCCUCUGAGAAACAGUUAACGGGCCCUAUUGCCAGUCACCGCUAACCACACAGCCCUAAAGAGUCCUAGGGCCUGGGAGGCCUCUGUCCAAGGCUAAGGGUCCCUGUGUCAUCAACCCCUAGGCCUAGGUCAGAGAGCACUUGAACUGUCUUGGGGCCUGAUGGGUCCAGGAAGUUUCCAGCCCUCUCCAGCUGCCUUACCACACCUCAGGGGUGUGGGCACCAGCCGUUUCCAUGGCUGAGGCAAGGCUCCUGGCCCACCUCAUAGUUCAGAGGCCCUCUUUUGGGACCCACUCCCCCUCACCCCCAUGUAAACAAGCUACCACUGCAAGUUCAUAUUUUAUUUCCAAUAGGUUUGGAGCUUUGUUGAUUUUUGCAUUUUUGUAAAAAAGGAAAAAGUUUUCACUUAAUUCAUUGAAAGCCCUUUCGUGCUGAGCCCAAGGGGGAGCCUGGGCCAGGACCAGACCCUCUCAGCCCUCUUGUUCCUACCCCAGACACCGGUGCUGAGGGGUGCGGCUGCUCCCCUCCGCCCACUCUGCCCUCCCGCCCCUGCUGCAUCUCUCUCUGUACAGAACAAUUUUUAAAAUGGAAGCUAAGACACAAUAUACACUGGACAGACACACACACACGCACACAGGCGUCCGCCCAGAACAGGGCGGGACACCAGCUGCACUCAGAGAGCACCAAGGAAUGCAUACGGAGCCCCUCCGGG